GGUACACGACCUAAUUACCAUCUGGCAAAGAGUCGAAACUUUGGCAACAUUUAAUAAUAUGAGUGAAAUUCCAAAUAUCCAGAUUAAUAUCCAAAGUAUUUGGUGUCAUGGCGUGCAAAGUAAUACAACAAUUUCGCACCAGGAAAGUGCCAAAAACGUUCAAGAUUCUAUGAGAAAACGAAACUCUAAUUCAUAUGAUGACAGUUUAACUGAGACAUAUAUUUCCAGUUUGAAAAACAAGAAAGACGAAAUCGGGAUUUUAAUCCCUACUGACGAAGGAAAAGAUCCAAAAAGGAAGAUAGGAGAAGACAACCAAUCGAAUGAUCUGUUUCAAUUUCACGAAAAAAUAAAUGACGAUGAUGAAUUUCUUGAAAAUAUUGGACUUUUAUUUAAUGAAUCAAAUGAGGAAUCAAUUAUUGAAAAAGUUGAUGAGAGUUCGCUGUUGGACGAAAUUCGAUUGCCAUCAGUAAACAUUAAUAAUGAGGAGUUACUUGAAACAAAUAUAAUCGAAGAAUUUAGCAAAUAUCAAAAAAAGAUACCAAAAACUCGCAAGGCUUUGACCCCUGCGUAUUGGGGAAUAUUGGAUUUGACGAAGGAGAGUCUCAAAGACUCAGGUAUAAAUGAUAUGGAUAUACAAAAAUUAUCUCAGGAUUUUUCAAACAAAAUUGGAUGGAAUGGUAUUACAGCCCCAAAAGAAAUUCAAGAAUAUUUUGACGGAAAUUGUGUAGAUGUCAAUAAUAUCGAUGUCAUCAAAAAAUUAGACAGGAACAUCCAAUUUAUGAAAGAUAAAAUGCCAAAGUUACGAAAUAUGUGCACCGAAGAAGAAUUAAAAAUGUCAACAACAUUUCCAUUAUUUUCAGGAAUUUUCAAUUCGCCUAAUAUAAAUAGUUCUUGGGGUGAAAUUCAAGCAAUCUCGACAAAUAAAGCACGAAAUGAAGAACAAAAUCCCUUCACGAGGGCUAGAGUUGAAUAUAAGGUUGACAUGAGAGGAAUCUUGGUCAAAACGCCAAAAAAAUUUGAAAUAAUAUAUGGCGAAAUUUCCGGUGGUUUGACUUAUUUUGGUUUGCCUGCGUCUUGCAGGAAAAAACAAUAUGUAGAUAAGGUCAAACUUAUGGUGAUGUUAAGGAACAGUCUCAAUCAAGUUUUUAAAAACUAUUUGCAUAUAACAGACGAACAACGUAAAAAGUUAAUAGUGUACGGUUGGUUACAAGUUGGAGUUGAGUUAAGCUUUUACGCUAUGGAUUGGAUUGGAUCCGGAAUAUACAGAUUUGGUAAAUUAGAUAAGUGUGAAUUACCGGUCGAUGAAGACGACAUAAGCAUCCUUGAGGAUGCAUACUGCAUCCUUAGGUUGUUAGAGUCGAAAUCGCUUGAAUCAGAAAAAUUCAUAAAAGAAAUCUUACAAAAUAAUACGAAAAACAAAAGACGGCGUAUGAUGACAGAAAGUGAUCCUCAUUUAAAUAAGAACCGAACUCCUAUUAAAAGAUAG